GCUAUGGAUUACUCCCUGUUCAUCACCGGCGUCCUGGGCAACGUCACUGCGCUUUUCAUCUUUCUAUCUCCCAUCCCGACGUUUUACACGAUCGUGAGGAGGCGGAACACGGGUGUGCAGCAGCCGGAGCCAUACGUGUUCACGCUACUCAACGCGCUCCUCUGGCUCUACUAUGGCGUCAGUAAGCACAACGGCCUUCUCAUCGCCACCAUCAACGGCUUCGGGACCGUCAUGGAGGCCAUCUACGUCGUGCUCUUCGUAAUUUGGGCUGCUAAUGCUUAUAAUUUUAUUAAGACAAUAAAAUGGGCAGUGGGAUUAGACAUUGGCCUUUCUGGAGCUGUAUUAGCAGUGGCAACAUUUGCCAUUAGCCAGCUACAAUUGAGAAUCAGGGUGAUCGGAAUAAUAUGUGCGUGCUUCAACGUGUUGAUGUAUGCCUCUCCACUCACAGCCGUGAUAAAUGUGAUUCAACACGAGAACGUGGAUGCCAUGCCGUUCUGGCUAUCAUUUUUCCUCUUCCUCAACGGAGGCGUCUGGCUUGUCUAUGGGAUAAUUGACAGAGAUAUGCUGAUUGGAAUCCCAAAUGGUAUAGGCUUCUUACUGGGGACAAUCCAACUGAUCGUAUACGCGAUCUAUGCGAAUUUCAUCCAUUGCCGCAGGCUUCGGCUCUUCCUUCGGGGUUUAGUGGGCAGGCAGGCUCUGGUGGCGCCUCUUCUCCCCAACGCCGUUGAAGGGCAGGAAGCUUAA